CGUGUUUUAAAUUAAAGAGCCUUACGUUUUUUGUUCUGUUUGUUUGUUUUUGCUUUGUUGUUUGUUGUUUAAAUCAUGUAAAAAAUAUAUAUACUGUAUAUUUGUACUUGGGUCAAAAAUGGUAAAUUGUAUGCUCUUAUACAGAUGUAAGAUCUUCAUUUGAUCACCUUGUUGCAGGAGCUUGUUGUGUAUUUGAGGUUUAAAAAGGCUCCUGAAGUAUUUAAUCUCCACCUAGAAAUGUCAGACUUGAUUUUCCCAGAUUUUCCCUGUAUCAACCCUUACAAAAAUGUCCAUUGAUUAUAGUGCACAUAAUAACUCACAUGUCCUGUUGCUGCAGGAUUGUUUUCUCGCUCUUGAAAACUGUCUGAAAUUAAGAUUAAUUUAAAAAAAAGUAUAUUACAAACAAGUCUGUAAUUGACUGAAUGGGGGCCUAUAACCAUACCUAUCCAGUCACAGACAUGAGAGAAGUGCCAGGUAAACAAAGCACAGGUGCAGCCCAGGCAGUCAACUCCCAGAGAUCUAAAGGCUCGAGACACAGAUACACAGGUAUAAAAGAACCACAGACUAAACCCAGGCUCAUACAGAGACCAAGACAUGAUGAAGCUGCUACUGCUGGCCUUGGCUUUGGGGUGUGCAGCGUCUGUUCCAGUGGAGGAGAAUGGAGCAUUGUUGCAGGAUGUUUGCCAACCCCACUCCAGACCCUGGCAGGUCUACCUGUGGAACACUAAGGGGGGCUGGUAUGGGGAGGAAAGGUGUAGUGGUGCCCUCAUCAACGAGUGGUGGGUGCUUACCGCCUGGAACUGCUUUGUCGAACCUGGCCACACUAUGGUUUCUCUGGGGGAGCAUGACCUGACAGUGGAGGAAGGGACAGAGCAACACAUCCAGGUGGCCAGAUAUGUGCAGCACGGGCCGUACGCACGAGGCCCCUCUCACAGCCUGGCAAUGGUGAAGCUGGCAGAGCCUGCCCGGUUCACUCAGCAUGUCAUGCCCGUCGCCCUACCCACACGCUGCACUCAGCUCCACGAGAAGUGUCUGGUCAGCGGCUGGGGCUCCAUCGUACCAGGACAUGACGAGCCCAAACUAAUCCUGAAGUGUGAAACACAGCGGGUCAUCGAUGACAAGAUGUGCCAGAUAGCCUUUCCCCUUUAUUGGAUUGAACAUGCAUUCUGUGCUAAAACCAUCAUCUCAACAGACAACUGCCUGUCUGACCAGGGCAGUACUGUGGUCUGUGGGGGUGAGCUACAGGGGUUGUUCUGGUCCAGUUCUUCUGAUGUUGGUUUGUACACCCGCCUGUGCCUGUACCUUGACUGGAUCAGUGACAUCAUGAACACCCCUGAUCCUACACCUGAACCUGCGUGGACCACCCCAGCAGCAGCUACAAUAUGGUGAUUGAAAAGAAAAACAAUAAAGUGAUAUGUACUGAAA